AUGGACUUUUUCAAGCUUAGCAGCGAGGCCUGCAGAGCUACGACGUCGGCGUGCUCUGACUGCAAGGAGAACGAUGAACUCCUGACCUCAGCGAUUGUUGAAAAGAUGGAGAUGGCGCACCUUGCAGAGCAUGACUUUGAGGUGGAGAGCCCAUCUUCGACCAACCCAGGCGCGCUCUUCCGCAGGUUGCAGGUGCCGCCUGAGUUCGAGGGCGCGCAGACGAAGGUCUUUCAGGCAGUGAGCGGCAACUACUCGCCGUCAUCGGCACGAGACAAGCAUGACCAGCAGCGCUGCCUCAAGGUCUGCGUGCAAUCCUUCACCCGAGCCCUGCUUCAGGGCAUCAAUGUUUGCGUCCUUCUGGAUGAUAACCGAACCCGCCUGGCGGAAGCCCGCCUGGAUUCGGACAUAACCCACCUGGUCCUGCACGUUCCGCAUGCGCAGCAUCCGGUGGCCCUAAAGUAUAUAGAUGGUAUUUGUCCCCCCACGCCAACGUGGCCAACACCAAGCUUCGGAGAGGAUGGCUGCUUGCAAUCGCGGGCAACGCUGACGAUGCGGGGAGGGCAGUUCCUGACCUUUGUCUUCGACAGCCCCAGGGUCAGGGAGUACUUCGAAAUGUGCCUCAAGGUCCUCAUCAUCGCCAAAGGCGGAGAAAGGACUCCAGAGGACACAUCCAGCGGUGAAAUCCUGGGUGCCUCCCUUGACAAGGACUCCAAGGUGGAAAUCUCCUCUUGUUGA